AUGGAUUAUAAGGACGUGUUGAAGGUUGCAGCGGCCAAACAACAACAAUUACUUCUGGAGAAACCAAAUCCACUGAUACUGAACACUAAAUUGGGUCCGCCUAAGAAAGAAGAGAGACAGAAAGGAAUAAAAUCGGAAUCUGUCAAAGCUUUCUUGGAAAAACUUGAGAAAGAUGAGAAAAAGCCUGCAGCUACGCCUACAAACAAACCAACAACAGCCCCAACGACCUUGAAACCUGCAGUAGCCCCGAAGACACUCUCCAGCAACGAUGAAGAGAUUGACAUGAGAAAUCUCUUCAAAACUAAAAGACAAGCACACGUUCCUGAUGAGUUUGUCCCCAAUAUGUUAGAACUCCUAAAAGAGAAAAAAAGAUUGAAAGAAGCAAAACUUGAAGAAGAGAAAUUAGUUAGUUGA